AAGAUGUAAUUUGUUUGACCAGAUGAUGAGCGAGAAAGUGGUGAGAACUGAUUAAGAAUGAACAAGCCUCAAGUGAGACCGUAUUAGACCCCUUCCACACGCAAAGUCAUGGAUACACAGCAAGUCCAGACACCCAAAGUUGCCAUACUAUUUGACUGCAACACAGUCAGAUCCUGUCCUCACUCUAAAUCCAGCCAUGGACUUUUCAAGCAGAAGUUACUGAUAACAUGUAGGAGGAAGAGCAAUAAUCCUAUUUUGAAGACACAAGCAGAUUGUACCUCGACCACCACAUUGAUGGAGGACUGCGUAUUGAACAUUCCUGUUUGCGUAGGGUUUGUUUGUGUGGGACGAUCCCAUUCCAAUAAUCAUGAGGCUCUGAAUGUGAGAGAGGGACAUGACGAGCGAGAACCCGAGUUUACACCAGUGUUCGGAAUGAAACAUCCUCUGGCUCCAAGUCUCUCAGGUUUUACACAGGUGCUGCUGCUGGCUCUCUCUGGAUACGCUGUUUAUGCCGAAGUCAAAUAUCGACUUUCGAGACAACCUUGGCAUGUGGCUCUGAGCAACCAGACUGUCCAUGUUGACUAUAAAGCACUGGGCAAUGUAAGCCUACAAAAUUUAACCGUAUCGCUCGUCGACAUUAACACAAACCGAACUAUCGCCACAAAAGCGAUCACUGGAAACCGAUCCCAGAGCUCUGUGGAGUUUGAGUGCUUUCAUUUCAAUUACGCUGGCAACUUUGAGUUUCGAGUCACAGAUUUUACAAGCAACGGCACCGCCCAGUGGACAACUGACAUAUUGCAUGUCAAAUGGCCAGCCUUUCACACAAAAGUGGCCGGGAAAACGGACUCACAGAGCAACUUCCAGAUCCAAGUAUUUACUGAGGAGUAUUUGUGCCCGUGGAAAGUAAAUACGUUGACGUUAUUUCUAGACGUUACAAGGAUUUAUCCUAAUGAACCUGGAGCUUAUAAUGUGGACAAAGUUUUAAAGAAAACGAUAAAUAAAGAAAUUGAGCUGUCUAAUUCUCAGUGGGUGGUAUUUGAUUGCACUGAUUUCAGCCAAGAUGACUUCAUAACGAUCUCACUGAGAUCUCCGAAUACCGACUCAGUGAUCUCAUCAAAAGACCCAGUAGUAUUUACCCAAAUUGUUGGGUAUAAGCUGCUUGUCGAUCAUUUGAAAACGGCAACAUGUGAAUCGUCUGCAGAGGUUGGUAUCGUGACACCACCUUGCGCCCGUGCACCAGGCAAGAUUUCUGUGUAUAAAGCCCGGAAAGGGGCUUCGUUUGCAAGAGAUAGUUUUGUAGCUGAAAAGUGGCUGCGCCCCAGGGAUAAUAAAACCGAAUUCAACUGCUCCGUCUUUGACACUGGGAAAAAUAACUACUGCUUCGAAUACGUGAGCAUUGUGAAUCACAGCCACUCUUCCACCAAGGCUGUGAAUUGUGUUGAUCUUCAGAGAUACGCAGAAAGAGGGAGUGUUUGGCUUUCAUGGAGUCCGUGUAGUGUCACUUGCGGUGACGGACUGCGUGAAAGGUACCGACAAUGCAUUGUAUCCUUCUCAGGGUCAAUUGCUUGUAGCGGCCAAGAGAAAGAAGUCUCCCCUUGUUCACUUGUGGAUUGCGCAGAGCAGAAAUUUGGACUUCCUGGAACAGUUCAUAAGGAAGCAUAUAACACAGGCAAUAUAGUGACGAUCACAGGCAUUUCUCUCUGUUUGGUGAUAAUCAUUGCCACCAUUGCUAUCACUAUACGGACAAAACUAUCACGUAAGACACAGAACUUCAAUACUGCAGUGAGACAAGGUUCAGUAUCUCAACACAAUCUCAGGAAGAACCUUGAAGGUGAAAGGAACUUCUGUGACCCAAGCUAUCAAUGUGACUUUUUACCUGACAAUGAUCCUCCGCUUCACAUCGAGGAUGGUAUGAGUAUCCCUUUAAGUUACAGGAGGAGCCAGAAUUUCAUUUCAAAUCAGGACACGUUAGCUGAGGAAAACCUAGGGCAACAAAGUGUUCAGAAAAUGAUCCCUCCAAUAUUUGGAUACCGUUUGGCACAUCAACAGUUGAAAGAAAUGAAAAAGAAAGGGAUAACGGAAGCAACUCAAGUGUAUCAUGUAACACAGCAUCCACUAGAUGAUACAAUCAUUAAUGAAACAGGAAUUCCGGCUACAGAAGUAGAGCGAGUUAAUUCCAGCACUGUUAUUGCACCCUGUUUGGACAAGGAGAACGAUGCAGAAAGUAACAUGAACAGGUUUCGUAUUAAAUCUCCGUUUUUGGAUCAAAAAUCAAUUUACUACAAACAAGCAGAAAAAAUUAACCAUGGGCUGGGUUAUAUGAUUGCGCCAUUUCCAGAACCAUCUGGUGACUAUUUCCUACCGUACCAGUCACAACAAAUAAGCAGCACAAUACCUUUUUGUGACGGAAGCAAUAAAACACUUCCAAACAGGCCAGUAAAGUUCAGGCAUUGCGAAAAGUUAACUGAGGUAGAAAUGUAUGACAGAGGGUAUGGCAGAAACCCUAACUUUAGGAGAACGUCUAGCUUCAAUGAAUGCAAAACUGCUAAGUUCUACAGAGAACGAAGCAUGUCCACUUGCACACAGAAGCUUCCAUCCCUCUCACACUCCAGAGCUAUUUGUAGGACAGCAACUGUGACUGACAGAUUCAUUGGUGAUAAAACUGCAGCUCAGUCCAGAUUUAACAAUGCUAGCCCAGCAAAACUUCAUGCCCGCAAUAGCAGUGCACUCACACCGGAGACCUCAAAAUAUCAGAUGAAAGGUAGUCAAACUGGAGCUCGAACUUGUAAAGCUGAGCAGGCAAGUGAUCAGCAAACAACAAAUGGUAUUCUUAAUGACUUAGAAACCUGUACAGGCAAGAGAAGGUCAAGCACACCAGCUAACCGAUAUAAGUUGACUACUAAAAUCAGUGAUCCCAACUCUGAGAACUAUUCUAAUUGCAGGUAUCCACAGAGCAAUCCAUUACCUCGUCAUCAGUACAGACAAGAUCGUUGUCAAAGUUUCCCUUCUGAUCCUAACUUUCUCCUCUAUGACAAUUCUGGUUUUGAGUUAACUGCAUCAGAGCAGUGGAUAAUUGAUUUGCCAGCACACAUUAGUUCACAUGUGAACGAGGAUGAAGAGGACACUAGUACUUUAAGUAAUGAAAAGCUGGUGAUCUGAGGAACUUGAAAAAUAAAAAACAUCUUAUGUCUGUGCAAUGUAAUUGUUCAUCAUGUCUCAAUCCAAGAGCAUCUAUUACAACUGCUGGUAAAAGUAAAUUUAUUUUGCGAACAGUGAAGAGGUAGUUUUCACUGAAUGAAUCUUUUUUCUCUUGAGAAUGAGAAUGGAUCCAGAAGGAAAGAGCAUUUCUUUUCUGUUUGCCUCUUAUGUUGAUCUUAGAUUCUCCAACUUUGAAUUCUAUAGGGGUACAAUCCAAUCUCCGUUUUUUAACACACCAUCGCAAUGGAAAGGACAAAAUUUCAGGGAAAAUUGUGUGGACAGUAAUCUUACUGCUACACCGACUUCAAAGCCAAUCUAUGUGGGCCCGUGAAAAUUUGUCCCAGGAUUUCAAAGGAAACUUUGCUGAAAAGAGUUGGAGGAUGGACUGUUAACCUGUACGCAACCAUGUGCAUACUGACAUUGAUGAUCCAUCUAGACAUAGUGGUACUUUACAUAUUCAAAUAACUUUAUUAAUGCGCAUUGUGUUAGCUGAAUUUCUGUGUACAUUUGCACAUCAGAGGUCAAUGUGCAAAGGUUUUAACAAUGCAGUUGAGUUUCUAGAUGGUGACUUUCAUUUAAAGAAAUAAAUUCCAAGCUGCAAAGCUCUCAAAUAUGA